AUGUACUGGGCACACUUGCUCAUCCACUUGGGGGCGGUCUACGCUGCCUCGCCCGAAACCCGCAAGCGAGACCUCGCCUCGAUCCAGUCCUCGCUCGACGCCAUCAACGUCGGCCUCCAGAGAGUCGACACAGCCGUCCUGGGCCUCGCGACGGGCACCGGCGCCUCCCUCCUCCAGCUCGGCCAGCAGGCCGUCCCGCUCCUCCAGAACGCGAGCGCCCAGAUCCGGCAGUCCGAGCCGCUCAGCCUCGAGGACUCGCUCAACCUGGCCACGACGACCCAGGCGCUGCGCCAGAACACAAACCUCACCAUCAACGACCUCAUCGCGCAGAAGCCCCUCCUGGACCAGGCCGGCUCCUCGGGGAUCGUGGCCGCGGGCCUGCAGCAGCAGCGGGACGCGAGCAACGACCUGGCCGUCGCGCUCGCCAGCAAGGUCGCACCCGACACGCCCAACGUCGUCCCCGCGCUGAACGAGCUGGCUGGCAUCUUCGACCGCGCCAUUGCGGCCUUCAGCGGCGCGGACCCCGGUGCCGCAUCACAGCUGCCGCCUGCGCCGACAUUGACCGCGGCGCCUUCCGGUGACCUCGCGCCCAUUACGCUUCCCCUCGCAACGCCGUCACCGGCGGGUGCGAUGGCGCAGCCUGUGACUGGGAUGGGUACAAUCGGCCCUGAUGGGUCGUGCAAUUGUGCGGCUGAGUGCCCAGCUGGCUCGCUAGCUGGUGCGAUGGUCAUGAGAUAUUUCUAG